AUGACUCCUCAACUUUCCUCAGUAGCCACGCUGCUGCUCCUUGGGUCCUUCCUAGCACCAGUCAGCUCGAGCGAAAUUCCUCCUCAGGCACAAUUGAUUGACCAAAGAGCCUUCAAUGUCCUACCCGCGACUCAGCCCCAGGCCGAGUUCAAUGCGAAGAGUCCAUUUGUCCCUCCAGGUUCAACAGGAGACAGUCUAACGCAGAAGCCUUUCCAUGUGUACGACAAGGAAUUUCUGAAGAUCAUCGGAGAAACUCCAACUCUGACCCGGAUCGCCCACUCCCCAAAGGACCCCCUAUACCACGAGGCUGUUGUGUGGUCCAAGGGAACGGAUGAGGUUUUUUUCGUCCAAAAUGCAGGCGCUAAGAACGCCAGCACCGGUCUUGAGAAGUCGGCUAUUAUUCAGAAGAUUUCUCUUGCGGAAGCAGCUGCUGUCUCCGGCAAGUCAGAUGCCGUGGGCCUUGUUAAUGUAGCCGUCGUUGAUUCAUCGCCACAGGUUAUCAAUCCCAAUGGGGCCACCAAUUACCGGGGACAGAUCCUAUAUGCCGGCGAAGGUCAAGGUGACAAUGUACCUCCUGCUUUGUGGGUUAUGAACCCGAAGGAGCCAUUCAACACUACAGUUAUCCUCAACAACUACUUCGGCCGACAGUUCAACUCCUUGAACGAUGUAGCCAUCCACCCGAAAAACAAAGAUAUCUACUUCACAGACACCAUCUAUGGCUAUGUACAGGACUUCCGCCCUGCGCCCGGUCUGCAAGAUCAAGUCUACCGGUUCAACCCCGAGACAGGUGCCGUGACAAUUGUCGCAGAUGGGUUUGAUCAUCCGAAUGGCUUGACUUUCUCUCCGGAUGGCAAGCACGCAUAUGUCGCCGAUACCGGCAUUGAUAGCGGCUUCUUCGGCCUUAACUUUACCCGCCCUGCCUCUGUCUACCGAUUUGAUGUGAAAGACGAUGGUACACUCGAGAACCGCAAGACCUUUGCCUUUGUUCACGCUGGUGCACCUGAUGGCAUCCACUGCGAUUCAAAGGGUAAUGUGUACGCUGGCUGUGGUGAUGGUGUCCAUGUCUGGAACCCAUCUGGCAAGCUCAUCGGCAAGAUCUAUGUUGCAACUGGUACGGCGAAUUUCAACUUCGCUGGGAAAGGUAAAAUGGUACUCUGCGGCGAGACAGAUCUUUACUAUGCCACGCUAGCCGCGGAUGGAAGUUAUGUUGAUAGUGAGAUGUGA